AUGUCAGAAGAGGAGGAAGAUUAUUUUAAAAUAGAAUUACCAAGAUUAAAUAAAAGAUUAUAUAAAUUAGAAAUAUUACCAACAGAGUUAAUAAAUAGGUUGUCACUUCAGGAACUAAAUAACGAUGUAAUUCAUAAAUUUCAAUAUUUAAAUAAAAAAAGAAUAAGGAGGAUUCAUAAAUUUUUGUUACUUUUUUUUUUCCUAUCAGUUUUAAAUGUUUUAUUUGGUGUAAUGAUAAAAAAUUUAAAAGCUUGGAUAAUUUUAUUAAGUAUAAUUAGUUUUUUUCAAAUACUUUCAAUACCAAGUAUAUUCUUUAUAAAUAAAGAUCAUUUUAAAAAUACUUGUGAUGUAAUACAAUACCUAAACGAAACCUAUGAAAAUCGUUCAAUUAAAUUUCAAUAUAUAAAAAAAUAUGGAAUGAAGCAUUAUAAAAAUGGAAAAUAUUAUAUAUAUAUUUAUAAAAGCUAUAAUACUCCUUAUUCAAUAAUACCAGUUCAUAUGCAAAAUAACAAUAUAAACGCUAAAAAUAUAUCAAUAAACAAUGAAAACACACCAUUGUUAUAA